AUGCGUAUCUCAAGACCACGACUCCGAGUCUCGCAAGGCGAGUCAGCUUUCGCAGCAGGAAACGCACGCUGGACAAACCGUGAUCUCGAUCCGAUCGCCAAAGACAGACGCAAAUGGGGCAUAUCCAGCCUCGUAGGUGCGCUUGUCUCUUCCCAUCUAUGUAUACCCAUGGUAUACUCCACGAACCCAGCUCACCAGUCUUUUCCAGCAUACUGGAUUUCAGAUGCCUUCAACGCCGCGACCUGGCAAUUUGCCAGUAGCAUCAUUGCCGUGGGCUUGACAUAUAAGGAAGCACUAGGUAUCGUCGCCUUAUCAUUCUUCAUCAUGUCAUUCGUUAUCGCCGCGAACGGCGCCGUCGGCGCCAUAUAUCAUGUUCCAUUCCCUGUGAUUGCACGAGCAAGCUGGGGAUUCUGGGGCUCAUACGUAGCCGUGAUAUCGCGAGUCAUCCUGGCGGUAUUUUGGUUCGCGAUCCAAAACGUGAAUGGUGGAAAUGCCGUCCGCGUAAUGCUAGGCGCAAUCUGGCCCAGCUACCUAUAUCUCGAGAACGAUAUCCCCGAAUCGCAGGGUAUAACGAGUAACGGGAUGAUAGCAUACUUCAUAUUCUGGCUCGUCCAGGUCCCGUUCCUGUGCAUGCAUCCCAAUCGGCUGCGCUGGUUAUUCACCGUCAAGUCGAUCCUGGUCCCGAUUGCCUGGAUCGCGAUUCUGAUCUGGGCUUUCGUCGCAGAGAAAGGUGGUGGUGGAGUAUUCACUGCGCAGACUGCGACUGUCUCCGGCUCGAAGUAUAGCUGGCUGUUUCUGGCGAAUAUGACAUCCGUCCUGGGGAACUAUGCCACAUUAUCAGUCAACCAGUCUGAUUUCUCGCGGUACUCGCGUAUCAGUCCCAGAUGGCAAUUGCUGUAUGUGCCUAUGCUUCCGAUUGUGUUCACUUUCAUCUCCUUCAUUGGCAUUGCGGCCUCAUCGGCUGGCCAGGCUCAUUAUAACCUCGCCUCGAUCCCAUGGGACCCAACCGUGUUGAUAAGCUACUGGCCUAAUCGUGCCUGUCGAUUCUUCGGAGCCUUCUCCUUCGCCUUGGCUUCGCUGGGCGUAAACAUCUCUGCCAAUUCGCUCUCCGCCGCGAAUGACUUCACUGCCCUCGCGCCACGGUAUAUCAAUAUUCGGCGUGGCCAGAUCCUCUGCGCAAUGCUAUCCUGGUGUCUUGUGCCAUGGAAAAUCCUCGAGUCAGCAGGGAACUUCCUCACUUUCAUGUCCGCGUAUGCCAUCUUCCUGGGUCCAAUUGCCUCCAUCAUGCUCUUCGAUUACUGGGUCAUCAAUCGCCGGCGCUAUGAUACCCUCGCAUUGUACCAGCCCCAUAACCCGAUCUACAGAUAUGCAAUGACAGUGCCUGGCUCUGCGAAAAGCAUCUCCGGCGUGAAUUGGCGCGCGAUAGUGGCGUUCCUUGUGGGCGUUGCGCCGAAUCUGCCGGGUUUGAUCAAGGCUGUGAAUCCAAAUAUUGAUGUCGGGGUUGGGGAACACCCGUUCGAGUUUGGUUGGCUGUUGGCUUUUGUCGCGACGACGAUUGUUUAUCUGCUUUUGUCGUGGAUGUUCCCUGCUCUUGAGACGAGGAUUGAUCGCGCCGUCUUGCCGGAUGAGAUUUAUGGGGAUAUGGUGGAGGGUGUUGAGGCUGAGGAUUCGGAUAGGAGGUCCAGACUGGAUGGACGUGAGAAACAUGCCUUUGUGGAGAAGGUCGUCUAG